ACAGCUGUGAGAAAGAAUGAAAAGGGAGGGACGCCUAGAAGAAAGCCCCUGUUCUCUGGUCACACACAGAUCUGAACGGGAGGUGCCAGAGGACCUGGGGUGGGGGGAGUAUCUGUCAGAGCUUAUAAAAGACCAGAGCAGAGCCCACCCUGGGAUCGGCUUCUCCACACUGAGCACUUGGCCAGCGCCCUACAGAACCGGCCGGCAGACCACAGCAAAGCCCUUGACCUCUCUGGGACAACACUGAACCAGGAUGGUGACACUGCUGAUUCUCUCUGUCGUUGUGGGCCUCUCCAGUGUGGCUGAUGGCCAAGGGGUCCACCUGGGGUGGUGUCCUCAGCCCCCUGUCCAGGAGAACUUUGAUACCCACAAGUAUCUUGGAAGGUGGUACGAGAUCGAGAAGAUCGCUGUCAGUUUUGAGAAGGGAAGCUGUAUCCAGGCCAAUUAUUCCUUGAAAGAGAACGGGAAGAUCAAAGUACUCAAUCAGGAGAUUCGAUCUGACGGGAGCGUGAACCAAGUGGAGGGGGAGGCCACCCAGGCCAACCUCACAGAGCCAGCCAAACUGGGAGUCAAGUUCUUCUGGUUGAUGCCCACCGCUCCCUACUGGGUCCUGGCCACGGAUUACGAGAACUACGCCCUAGUGUAUUCCUGCACCACCUUCAUCUGGCUCUUCCACGUGGACUAUGCCUGGAUCCUGGCAAGGCGCCCGUACCUCCCACAGGCCAUCGUGGGCCAGCUGAAGGGCAUCCUCACUGCCAAUGGGAUCGACAUUGAGAAGAUGGUGCCCACCGACCAGAUGAACUGCCCCGAGUUCCUCUAGCAGCGAGCCUGCCAAGCGCACAGCCCACACCAGCCUCUUGCUUUGCUCCCGGUAGAAAAGACAGCACCAUGAAAGAUGGCGCCUGGAUCCCCACUGGCUGGCGGGGCAAAGGAAGCUGGGAUCCACUGGGGAGGGGGGAGGGGCAGGAGAGCUUUUGGGAGAGCUGGCCCAGGAGCCUGGCUCUGCCUCACCCGGCUGGUCAGGACUGAGUCCUGGCAGCCCUGGCUGACCACCAGCCCACAUCACUAACCUCCCCCAGCACACACACACCAAAUCGGCUCCAAAAACAGGCAAGACCUGGACCUCGCUGAUCUGCCCAGGCCUGCCCUCACAGCCUCCCUAAUGACGGGGCUGACAAGCCCAUGUGCUUAGCAAGGCUUCACAAUAAAGCAUCCAGGUUCAGCCUUAA